AUGGCCUCCUCUCCCAUCAAAUUCGAGAUCCCAAAGGAGUGCCAGGUCUUUCCACUUUUCAACCACCUCCCGCCUGAGCUCCGGCUGCAGAUAUGGACUGCCAGCUUUUCCACGCCUGGAAUGAGCUUCGUCAAGCUUGAGUGUGUUGGCCGAAACUGGCGAUGGCUGUCUACCAGACGCUUUCCAGGGAAUCUUGCCGAACUGGACCCCAGCGAGCACGACGAGAUUGACGAGGUAGCUGUGGAGGUCAAGAACGAGACCAAGCCUAAGAGGCUGAUAGCUAUGCGCCUCGUCCCGUCGGUUGCAGACCCAAAGGCCGACUUUUCCAUUUUUCACGACCUCAACAAGCAGCUCAGGAUGCUCAGCAUGACUUGCGGAGAGUCCCGCGACCUGGUGGACCGCCUCUUGGACAAGGAUGGUGCCGUCCGCAUGAGCAACAGCACGCUGCUGGCCGUUCCCGGCUCGAGCGAUAUCUUGUUUCUUGAGUAUCUCUCGCCUGAGCUCUUUGAAUGCCGAGGCAACUACGACAUCAACCCCAACUGCCGCAACCUGGUUGACAUCCGGCGGGUGGCUAUGCGGUACUGCCACCGGUGGCAUAAGAAGGACGCUCUGACGUGCUGGCAAUGCGGGCUUGUUCAUGAGGCGGAGGAGAGCAUUGCCUAUCCCAGGCACCUGUACCAGUUUCUGUCCAGGCACUUGCCCAACCUGGAGGAGUUUUAUUUCGUGGACUACCUGCUUGUACGCAAGGCUACGCCUGAUGGGGCUACUUCUGGUGAGUUUGCUUUUAACCAAAGCGGCUCCUCUCGCAAGUACAAAUGCGGCCCCCGCACAUACUACGAAGCAGACGACAAGAACUGGAACAUUAAGCCAGAGUUCCUCCACUUACAAGCCUGGCUCCAGGAUCACUUCAUCCGCUACUCCAAGGCCAGCCGGCUUAGCUGCCACAGUCACCCCGAAAAGGUGCGAUUUGGCGUGCUGGCAUGUGAGACGACUAUUGUCCCGCCAGUGUCGCUCUCAGCGCCACCUACGCCGCCGGCCCCAAAGGGUCACAACAAGCGUUUGCUCUGCGAGUCUCAUGCGCUGCGCCAACACCGACGACAGGUGCGUCGCCGCAGGUUCCAGAUGCCGCUGCCGGUGACUUCGAGCGUGGUGGCGGCCAAUGUGCCGUUCAUCUUUGGCGACCCAGAAAACUGGUUUGAGUUUACCUUUGAGAUGGAAUGGAGGCGAUUGUAA